ACUCCAUCAAUACCCCCAGAAUCAGUGCAGCGACGCGCUCGUGUUCAGGUUCUCUGUCUCAUGAUGCUGUGGGUUAUAAUUCUCCCGGCGCUGACCGCCGCUACUGUCACGCACGCCCUACGCUCCUGCGGGCCCUGUGACCCGAGCUCGUGCGCCGCGCUGCCCUCUACGGGCUGCGCGUUCCGGGUGAUGGACGCGUGCGGCUGCUGCGAGCUGUGCGCCGCCGGACCGGGAGAGCCGUGCGGGGCGCGCGGUGCUGCGGUUACACGGUGCGCGAGCGGUCUCGAGUGCGUUAAAGCCCAGGAGGACAAGAAAAAGCUGAAGAAGAAGACCGAGCCGGGAGUGUGCGUGUGCAAAAACGGUAACUACGAGGUGUGCGGCUCGGACGGUGUGGAGUACAGGAGUGUGUGUGAGCUGCGAGCGGCCAGUGCGUCCGCCGAGCGUCAGGGCAAAACCGGCAUUAAAGUCCACAACAAGGGCAAGUGUACCAAAGCUCCUGUGAUCGUUACGGGUCCGGGUGAGGUCUGGAACGUCACCGGUGCUCAGAUAUUCCUCAGCUGCGAGGCCAUCGGCGUCCCCACCCCGGUGCUCACCUGGAGGAAGAUCACGGACAAUAACAAGAAGUCUCAGCUGCUCCCAGGAGACCAAGACAACCUCGCCAUCCAGAUGAGGGGAGGCCCCGAGAAGCACGAGGUCACCGGAUGGGUGCUGAUCUUUCCACUGACCAAGGAUACAGCAGGCACUUACGAGUGUCAUGUCAAUAACGCCAUGGGUGAAGCCUCAGCCACAGGCACCAUCCACGUGGUCGACUCAGUCAACGACAUUCCCUCCAAAAAGGUGGUCCUGGAUGAUAAGCUGUAAGAAGGGUGUGUGUUCACCCCUGACACCACCACAUCCUGCAACAUCAGGACUGGGAUCAGACACAGAACAUAUUUACACUACUUUAACACACACACACACACAAACACACACAUACACACACACACACACACACACACACACACACACGCACUCACUAACACACGAGAACAGGCAUCCUGUUUUAUCCCUAUCCUUUUCUCAGUAAGUUUUGACUACACCGAUCAGGAGAUUGAGAUCGAGAUAUAUAAAUCUCCAGGCUCAUUUUUUCUUGUUCCUAGAUCAAAUGUAUGUGUAUUCCCUUUGUCUUCGUGUACAUCAUGUACUCGCCACGUUUAAGUCUUUUGGAGACCAGGAGAUCCAGCGAUUAUAUUCCAAAGUAAGAAUGAUGUGACGUGAGGGGUGUAACACAAACGUCUACCAUGUUUUAUGUUACUUAAAAUUUGUUAAGCUGUAUGCGCAAAAGGCCAGAGCAUGAAAGUUGUUUUCAGAGCUGGAGCUCAAAGAGAAAGCGAGAGAGAUAAAGAGAGAAAUGGUCUGAAAGCUGAAAUUUUUUUUCUAUUAAAGAUUUAAACAUAAUUUUACACACAAUUACCAUCAACUACUGCACUUGUUUAAAUGUCAUAUUUUCACCUACAAAUAAAGAGUUUAUGAUGUGA